CAUGUUCAAGAUGCGGACAUUAUUAUCCAGAUGUUUUGUCAUCUGGCUAGUGAUCCUGCUAACCCAGAAUGUCUGGAAUUGUUGAAAGAGUAUCUUAUAUGUUCAACGUAUUUUCAAAUGAAAUUUCAAGUUGAAUCGAAAAUGUUCAAGUUAUUUCCAUUCUCUAAUGCUGAACCAUUUCGUGGUCAUCUUGAAACGAGCCGACUAGGAGAAAAAUUGCCAAAAUUUCGUACUCGUUUCAAGAAAUGUUGAAGGAAAAUGAAAUUCUUAAACCAUUUAAGGAGGAAAAAAGAAAGGAACUCGACUUUUGGACUUCUUUUUACGAAAAUAUAUAUUUUCAUAACAGCUAUCAUAGAUUUUCAUUGAAGGAAGUUUCCUUAACGAAAGAAAGGCUACAGUCGAAUCAGUCAAAUGUAUCUUCUAAGAGUGAAAAUGCUAGUACAUCGAUAUUUCAACGAUUCAGGAAAAUGCCUUCUGUUGAAAGUCAAAUACAAGGGAAUGUUGAAUUUUCAAAAGAUUACAGGCCUGAAUAUCUCGAAAUGAUUGAGUCUGAUAAAGAUACACUUGAAAAAGAAGAAGGGAGAAACAUGAUGGUUUUGAAAAGCUUAACCAAAUUUCUUCACCUCUGCCUUCCACCGGAAGUGCCUAAGAUGAAAAUACAAAAAAUUGCUCUUGAGUACAUUACUUGUCAAAAGAAACAGUCUAGCUACUUACUUCAAUUAUUUUGGUACAGCCUGAAUUAUUCUGAAGAUUGUCAUCCAUAUGACAAGAAAAUCAAGAUACGAGGAACAAUGAGGGACCGCGCCCUUUUCAUGUUGUUUGAAAGAUACUACAUGGCUGUCAAUGAAAUCAACUUUCCAGUGUCUAAAGGAUUCCACACAUUUUUUGUAUUCAUUGGAUUCCGUUGCCUCCAUCAAAGUUUCUUUAUGCAGUAUGUCAGGAACAAAGUAUUCAUUUUAGAAACUGAAUUUAUGGAUCGACUCAUUCAUGACGUUGGUGACGACGAAUCAUAUUUCCAAUUGAUAUCUCGACUGAUUUCUCAGUUUGAUCAGUCCAAAGCUCAACACUUUAUGUUAAUGUGGAGAGGUUUUGGUGUGUCGAGUGUGCUUUGUCAGAGAUAUUUAUCCAACCUGCUCAGUAAUGGAUCUUCCCUUGAAAGCAUUCCCCGGGAUUUUCUCGCGGAGAGCGAAAAGUUUCCAGUUUCACCACCAUCAGGGUCGUCUUCUUCAAGAGAUCCAUCUCUUAUCCAAAAACAGGCUGAAUCUAUAUAUUUCAGGCCAUUAAUCUCUGUUAUGACUUCAAUAAAAUUGGCAGACGCUAAACAAAAAAAACAAAACAUAUGGAAAAAGAAAGUGGUGGAAUCUGAUGCUGAAACCAACUCUAAGUUAUCGUUUAUUUCUGAUAAUGCUCUGGAACAUACAAUUCGAGCAAUUGAUGACGCGUCUGCACUUGAAGCGUUUUGAAUCGUUGAGUGUGGAUUAUUUCCAGGGCUGCUGGAAGCAAAUUAAGAUUGUGGGGGAGGGGAGGUGGCAAGGUGAUCCAAUUAAGAAACAAGAGAUGUUUGGGUGACGGAGAGGGAAAUUUGAAAUUUUCGUAAUUUAUAGUAAAUUAUUGUGAGAUGCCUCCGACACUGGACUAACUCUUUUUGGUAUAUGAAAGAAACUUAAUCAUGACUAGGAAGAAGGAUGAGUGGUGCUGAAUCAAAAAAUAUAACAGAAUUGAAAAUUGAAA